AUGCAGAGUUCUUUAAAAACCAAAGAGAACUCCAGCAAUACCUUUAUCACAGUGUCAAAUCUAACCUUUAUUGGCUCUCUUGAGGAUGACGGUAAAUCUUUGACCUGCACUGCUCAGUUUGCUGCUGGCGAGACCUCAGACUCUGAAACCCUUCAUAUAAAAAUGUUCUCAUGGAGUGUCCCUCACCUCACCAGCGAGGUCACACACAGCUGGAUGCCGCAGGGCAUCUGGGAGACAACCUCCACCAUCACGUUCAUGGCUGCUGGAGGAGACGGGGUCAAAAGCCUGACCUGUACUGCCGUCUUCUGGCGUGCCAAGCAACGAGCCAGCACAGUCCAGAUGACUGUGAAGGGAUCAAGCUCUCGGUCAGUAGCCAUUGCUUUGUCAACUCUAUUCCUGAUUGUAAUCAUCCUAGCUGCAGCAUUUGGAGUGGUCUUCUAUAGGAGGAGGAAGCGCUCUGAUAACCAGCUUGGACCACCACCUCGUCCUGAGAAAAGGAGAUCACUAUGGGAUAGAUUAUCCAGGAGAAACCCUGAAGACAGGGAGAGACCUCCAAGACCAGAAAAACGGGGGUCCAUUUGGAAUAGAUUCUCCCGAAACCAAGGCAACGGUGCUAACCUCAGUGUUGGUUAUUCACGCAACACCCCCACCACUGUAAACUGUGACACUAAAAUCUCCAAACAACGCUUUCCAUCCCCAAAGGAUCACCGGAGAGCUCCUCGCUCCGUCAGCCCCGAGGAUUACAAUGUGUAUGGCAACUGUUGAGUUCUUCAAGAUACUUCUCAGAAACAUCACAUUCUUAGGGACAACAUUGCUGUUAUUUUUUUACAUUGAUAAUCAACUGCACAGUACAUGUUUGCAUGUAAAGGGUGAUGUUGGUCUUGCAUUAAACCUUGCCAUUUAAAUAAUGUUUUAUCGGCUGUCAUUUAACUUUGGAACACAAGAAAUAAAUAUGCUUAUCUCUCA